AUGGAGACACAACACCGUAGCUGUCUCGUCCUCGUCCUCCUCUGUCUGCUCCCACCGCCGGGCACCCUGGGCCCACCGCUGCUUCCAGAGGACCCCCGGGAGCCGCCGCCGCUGCCGUCCGGCACCGCUGACCCCACAGCCCACCUGCUGCGUGGCCAUCCCUCGGCCCCGGUGCGGCCCUACAGCCUCUCGCUGUCCCCCGAAGACUACCGCUACUCGCCCAAGCCUCGGCACCUGCGGCCCGGCCGCCUGCGCCGCCUGCUGGGGCUGGCCUUUGACCCCUUCUGGAUGGCGACCGAGGAGCCCCGGGGCCGCAACGGCAGCGUCCUUCAGGAGAACCUCGAGGCGCUGAGCCGGGACCUGGCCGAGGGUGCCGGGCGCUACCGCCGCAAGCUGUGGCGGGAGGCAGAGGGGCUGGAGCUGCCCACCCUGGUGCCGCCCAGCCCGGGGCUGCCCUCUGAGCUGCCGGGGGCCGUGGCCCGCCGCCUGCGGCAGUGGCUGGUGGAGAGGGCCAGCUGCCGCCUCACUUCCACCUGGGUCAACCUGGGAGCUGUCUUCUGGCCGCGCUGGGUGCGCCACACCGCCUGUGAGACCGCUGCCCCUGGCUGCUCCUGGCCGCCCGGCAUGACCUGCCGCCCCGCGCAGCUCACCCACAUCAAGCUGCUGGCCUGGCACUGCUGGGCUGCCCGGGCUCCCGGCCCCCCGCACUGCUCCUGGAGGCAGAUCCCCUACCCCGUCGUGGCCGCCUGCAAGUGCUCCUGCCGCUGA